AUGGUUCCUGGCCAUCCUGAGGCAAACCGAACCCGAGAACCUGAUUCUGGGUUCACCGGGUGCAAAAUGCGGAAAACGGGGACGAAUGAGGCUUCCGGAACAGAAAAGUACGACGUGCUGAUUAUCGGUGGCGGCCUGGCCGCCGUCCGCACUGCGAAAGCCGCCGCGAAAUACGGGCGAAGGGUUCUCUUGUGCGCACACAACUAUGACGACGAAUUGCUUGUGGCUGAUUGCGUGGACGCCGUCGACGGAACGCUUUUCUCAACAGCUUCCGGAACAGAAAAGUACGACGUGCUGAUUAUCGGUGGCGGCCUGGCCGCCGUCCGCACUGCGAAAGCCGCCGCGAAAUACGGGCGAAGGGUUCUCUUGUGCGCACACAACUAUGACGACGAAUUGCUUGUGGCUGAUUGCGUGGACGCCGUCGACGGAACGCUUUUCUCAACAGACUUCCGCUCCGUCAUCAGAAUCCUCGCGCGACACGCGGCUGAAAUAUCUCGCAUGAUACUCUCUGGUGAACCAUCCGCGUUCGGUUGGCAACUCCAGCAGUCAUCAGAGGUGUCCAGUCAGAUGAGUCCUCAUCAUCAGCACCAGCAGCAGCAGCAGGAAUCGACACCGACGACACUGCGCCACAACUGGCUCCAGUUCACGCAGAAUGCCAAAGCCCUGAUGGAGACAACAACUCGCAGAGAAGCCGUGGAAGACCUGGAGCAAUACGGAGUCAAUAUCCUCAGGUCCUUGCCCUCGGUUAUCGAUGCCAACACAGUUCGAUUCGACGAAGGCAAAAGCGUCAGAACGGAGUGCCUUGUCCUGGUGCCAGUGAUGCGGCCAAAAAUCCCGGAAAUCCCCGGGAUAAAAGAAUUCAGCACACCUGUCGAGUCCAUGUUCCACGUCAAACACGACCCCGGGAAAACCCUCAUCAUUGGGGCAUCGUCAUCAGCACUGGAAGCUGCUGGGCUUCUUCGGAGCCUAUCCCCGGGAUAA